AACUAGACGAAAUGUUGGAAAUCGCUUGUACUGCAAUGUUACGAAGUGUCAUCCGGUUAUUUUGCUGAUGCCAUAAUUACGCAUCAUUGCUCUAACUAUAGAUAUCCAUUUAAACAAAGAGUUGUGUAGUUUCAAAGGCCUCGUCGUAUUGUACGGUCCUUUUUUCCGGUGAAAUCAUAGUUGAAAUAUAACCUUAUAUCUUUGUUACUUUUUAAUUUUACUAACGAUUUGGAUUGUUUGUCUUUUGAAAUUAUAUCUCUAAAACCACGACAGACAUAAAAAAAUUUUUUCCGAAAACUCCAGUGAAGUUUACACAUGCAUACUUGUAUUUAGCAAUGUUUCUUCACAUAGAUAUAAGAAUUCUUAUGCCUCUUUAUGUUUCUUACGUGAUCUAGUAUUUGAAGUUAUAAUCAUGGAUUAUUCAGAUCAUCAAACAGAUCAAAAUAAAAGCACUGGCACCGUUGGUUCUCACUGCUUACAAGGAACAUUUUUUCUCAUUGGAAUAACGGGAAUUUUUUUAAUAAGUGGAUUUUGUAGUUCACUUUUAACGAUAAGAAAAAAUAGUCGAAACUUCGUUCACAACAAUCGAUCAAGAAAUAAUUCUGCUGAAGCAACUGGAUUAGCAUUACGAGCUCUCGGACGAGGGUCGUUUUAUGCGACUAUGGGAUGCAGCUUAUUGUUUUACGGAAUUUGGAAAUUUUCAGGAGCAGAAACAUUUAUUGAAUUUCGUUACAAGAUGCAAAAAAAGCUACCAAAAAUUUCAAAAAAUAAUUCUAGUUUACAAUAA